AAAAACAUUAUAAAGUUAAACCCACGACUUGCCAUUGUUUUUUCUUCAUCCAAACUCUUUUUUGCUUUCAAUUUCUCAAAUCUCUGUUUCUCAUCAUUUCCACUCUUUGUUUUUCAGUUUUCACAUUUUCUUGUAUUCUGUCUGUCAAUUAAGGGAAAAAAAAAAACUUUCUUUUAUUUCUGAAAACCAAUCUUUCUUCAUACCUUGAUUUCCGCUUGGCAAAAGAAACAGUGCAGAGGAUAGUUCAGUGAAGCUACUUAUUUCUCUGAAGCUCUAUUUACUUUCUGGUAUUCACAGACAGAAAGAGAUCGGACAAUCAACAAAAAUGGCCGAAUCUCUUGCCUCUGCUGCUGUCGAAAAUGUGACAAACCAGGCAAUGGAAUGCGCAUCACCCUAUCUCCGUUACUUUUUCUGUUAUGGACAGAUUGUUCAAGAUUUCACGAAUCAACGAAACGCACUUAAAUUGAGGAAACAGAGGGUGGACACUCGUGUCGAUGAGGCUAGUAGGCAAAUUGAGGUCAUCUAUGAGGACGUUGAGGACUGGCUUAAAAGGGCUGAGAAAGAACUGGAACAAACCCAGAACUUGCAAGAUGAAAUAGAUAGCGUCAAGUGUUUCAAAUGGUGUCCUCAAUGGGGCUGGCGAUAUUGCUUAGGUAAGAAACUGGCAGAGAAGACUCCUAUUAUCUCUGACCUUUUACAGACUUCUAACUUUGCGCAGGUGGGCUAUCGCGGUUCUCUUCAAGGAAUAGAGUUCAUCACAUCCACUCAUUUCAUGGACUCUAAAUCUUCAAAAUCAGCUUUGAACCAGAUCGUGGAGGCUAUGAAAGCUGUCAACAUGAUCGGACUGUACGGAAUGCCAGGAGUUGGUAAGACAACUUUAGCCCAAGAAGUUGGGAAGCAUGCUGGAGAACAAAAGCUCUUUGAUAAAGUUGUGAUGUUUACUAUGUCCCAAAAUCCAAACAUCAACAAUAUUCAAGAUAAAGUUGCAGAUGUUUUUGGUUUAAAAUUUCAAACAAGUAGCCGACAAGGAAGAGCAGAAGAGCUAUUCAAGAGUAUGCAACGCGUGAACAAAAUCCUCGUAAUUGUCGACGAUCUCUGGGAAGAAUUCGAAUUGAAGAUUAUCGGAAUUCCAUUCGGUGAUGACCACAAGGGUUGUAAAAUUCUUCUGACUACACGUCGUCAACAAGUCUGCACUAAAAUGAACUGUCAGAAGGAAAUUCAACUUGGCAUCUUAUCCGAAGACGAAGCAUGGGUCUUAUUUCGAGAUCAAGCUGGUUUAGAAGGUAACAGUUCCGCCUUGAAUAAUGAAGCCAAAAAGGUUGCUGCUCAAUGUAAGGGAUUGCCUCUUGCAAUUGUUGUCGUGGCCAAAGCUUUAAAAGGUGAGGGUUUAGAUUUAAAUGGGUGGAAAGCCGUAAAUCAGAGAUUCAAGGACUCAAGGCAUUUGGAUAAUGAAGAUUUCGGAGAUGUCCUCCAGCCUCUUAAGCUUAGCUACGAUUAUUUGAAGAAAGGCAAUAACCAAAUGACGGUAAAUGACAUCCAAAUGUGUUUCUUACUGUGUUCCCUUUUUCCUGAAGAUAAAGAAAUCGAUAUUGAGAUAUUGAUUGUGUGCGGAAUUGGAGUAGGAUUGUUCCCUAAUGCUAACUCGAUUGAAGAUAAAAGGAAUGAAAUGGUUAUGGCAUUUAAAAAACUCCAAAAAUCUGGCUUGUUAUUGGAAACUGAUGACGCAGAUAGUGUAAAAAUGCAUGAUGUGGUUCGAGAUUUCGCUCAUUGGCUAACAUCAACCGGAGGAAAUAGGUUCAUGGUAAAAGAUAAGUUGAAAGAAUGGCCUGAUAUGGUUGAAAGUUUUGAAUGUUAUACUGCAAUCGCUUUAUGGAAUUGUAGUAGUAACAUAAAAUUUCCUGACAAAGUGAAAUUUUCAAAGCUCAAGACUUUGAUUCUUCAGGGGGAGGAUUGGGUUGAUUUACUAGUGGUUUCCAGUACAUUUUUUGAAGAAAUGAAAGCCCUCCAAGUUUUAUUUCUCGAAAAUGUCAGUUUCUCAACAGAAAGAUUUCCUUCCUUACCGAAUCUCAAAACUUUGUGUUGUGUUCAUUGCAAGCUGAAAAACUUCUCAUCAUCACUGACAAAUCUUGAGGUUCUUGCAUUGUUUAAAACUAGGAUUUAUGGAAUAAGUGAAGAAUUAGUGAAAUUGUCUACACUGAAGUAUUUAAGUCUUCAUAACUUUUAUGAGGAAUCAGGAAUGAUAAUCCAGCCAAGCUUGAUAGAAAGGUUGACUAAUAGGUUGACUUCGUUGCAAGGGUGUACUAUGAGCCAAAUCUUGUAACUUGUUCAAGAAAUAAAUAUAGUGGUAAAAUAAGAGGAUCCGUGGAGGCAAGAGGCCGAGGGCUUUUCAACCCAUAAAGAGAACUAUACUUCUACUAUUUGACUUUAAUUAUAACAGGGUUUUCCAAUCUUUAAAUAGAAAUAGUUGAAACUUCUCUUGUAUCAUUCGUUUUUUAAUAUUAGUGAAUUUCUUCUUCUUUGUGUCCAUGAUUUUUUCCCGAAAGGACUUUCACAAAAAAUCUAUAUAUUCUUAUUUUCUUUUCUUA